UUCUACGUACUCCAAUGCCCCAGCUUCCAUUCCCUGGAAUCAUGCUCGUCGAAUUCGUCAAACUCUUCAACUAUUGGAUAAUUACAAUUUGUGCCAUUGAUGCCUGCCAACUAUAGUUAUCCACAUGCAUACAGUCACCUCUGUGAUUGCACUGAAUGUGUCGCAGAACGCUCUAGGAUUGCUCUUGUUCACAGUACUAGUGGGCAGGGUAAUAGGAACCAUACCGAUACUUCAGUGAGAGACAAUCACGCUGGUCGUGAUAUUGUCCAGCCAGAACUUCCUACAGUCAAACAACGAUCCCAGAAUCGCGAUUCGAAGAACGUGAUGCCAGUGCAGAGGAGGAGCACUAUCUUGGUCAACCCCGACGCCACUUUCUUUGCUUAUUUCAAGCAACCUUCAUCUUCGUCCAAGACGAACAACAAAAUGGGUGUGCAACCGAACGACUCAACAUCAAUCCAUUCAAGUCAAGAUCCCCCCCUCGGACUCGGACUCAAUUUAUAUCCUCAAGCUAGUGCUAACGCGAUACCAAGACCAAGCCAACUACCUCGCAUCCAAGUCGAUACCACAUACAUUACACAACCUCCACGUCUCGAGAAAAUAGGCGACAAAAAGUUUGACCAACCUACCCAGCAGGCUGAUACGUUAGCUCGAACAGACAUUGAACCUGUAGCACCACGUCUUGGUACGGUCGCUCUUCCGUCAGCUUUGGGUACAUCACCACAAGACCUCUCGCCGAUUUCGUUUGGAGAGUCGUCUUGGAGGUAUGCUUUGUGAUGGGUACUGGGUAGGGGGGCUUGUGAAUGACGUUUGGGGAGGGGGGAACAAAACAAAAGGGCGUUGGGGGUGGGGGUUGAGGAGAGGAGAGGAGGGGAUGGAUGAACUGAAUGAAGGAUCAUACCAAGG